AUGGUCGGGGUAACUAUAACGCCGCAAGGUGACGAUUUUCUGGUGGAGCACGGGCGUGGCCUCUGGAAGUAUUUGGACAUUCGAACGGACAUCGCAGAAAACACGACGGGGACCAUCUUUGAGAACUUGUUCGGGAUGACCUACUCCGAAUACUCGGCCAUUCCUGCCGUGAGCAGCAACCCCGUGAAAGGAUGGGAGAAUCAACCAAUCGUCUACUUGACGCCUAAAGACCUGGCCAAGGUCUGGAUACUUACAACUGAUGGAGCUGAGGGAGUCUCGGCCGACCUUCCCAGCGCACAAGGCGGUUACGCAAGUGCCGCCGGCACCAUCGCCGUGGCUGGGCAAGAGUCCGGUGGACAAAAUCCUGGAGCAUUCACUUACCAGCUUAACUCAGGCGGGAGGCCCCAAUUUAACUCGCCCAUAACGGCCUUAGAUCCGGUUUUUGCUGUGAACCCAGCCAAUGACGACGGCAGCAACGGAGGCUUCUGGCAGAUCUCCAACUUUGUGACCACGCCCAGCGUCCUUCCCUGCUUUGAAACGCGGGCUGGCAGGGCACCACAGUGGACGACGCCAAAAAGGCGAUCCUUUAUAACCCCUUCUUCCAGGCCAAAAUAA